UUCCAAGGGGAAGAGAGCGCGGUGGGUCUGUGUGAGGGGAAGGCGGCACGGUGCGGCGCGGCGCGGCGCGGUGCGUUGCGUUGCGGCGCGACGGGCGCAGCCUGGACCGGACCGGACCGGACCGGACCGGACCGCGCCGCGCCGCCUCGGCACCACCACCACUACCACGAUGAGUUUGCCCUUGAGGAAUGAGCUUUCAGUAGACAAAACUAGAAAGAAGAAAAGAAGGGAACUGACUGAGGAACAGAAGCAAGAAAUUAAAGAUGCCUUUGAGUUGUUUGAUACUGACAAAGAUAGAGUAAUAAAUUAUCAUGAACUGAAGGUGGCAAUGAGAGCCUUGGGAUUUGAUGUGAAAAAAGCUGAUGUACUGAAAAUACUUAAAGAUUAUGAUCAAGAAGCGACAGGCAGGAUCACCUUUGAAGAUUUUAAUGAAGUUGUGACAGACUGGAUGCUGGACAGAGACCCACAAGAAGAAAUGCUCAAGGCAUUCAAACUGUUUGAUGAUGACGACUCUGGUAAAAUAAGUCUGAGAAACCUGCGCCGUGUUUCUAGGGAGUUGGGUGAAAAUAUGUCUGAUGAAGAACUAAGGGCUAUGAUUGAAGAAUUUGAUAAGGAUGGAGAUGGAGAAAUCAAUCAAGAAGAAUUCAUUGCUAUUAUGACUGGAGAUACUUAGUAUUAGAAGAAAAGAAACAAACUCGGCACAAAAAGGAAGAAUCAUUGGCAGUUCCAUUACAGUGUUUUGUACUUCCAUUUACGUCUGUAGCUGGAGUGAUGCAGAGUGUUACUUUCCUCUGAGGACCAAAAUAGAGACAGGUUAUGUGCACUGAUAGUUUAGCACUCUGUAUCACUAAAUAUUAUCACCAGAAUAAUUGCUAUUUCACUUCAGAAUCACUAAGUAACGCUGCAUCAAGUACUCACUCCUAAAACAGCUUUGUAUAAGAUUUCUAACUUGUACUGUAGAAGAACACCUUUUGAGGUAGACUGUGUUAGCUGUGGCCUUAGUUUUGACACAUAAAGUUUGACAAAAUUCCACUUUAAUAAAGGGUUCUUUGCUGUU